GCUCCUGCCAGCUAGGGUCCGCCGAGAGUCCAGCUGCGAAGAGAGGCACUUUCUGCUGGAUUUGCUUUGGGAUUGUACCGGGCUCAGAGAGCUGGGAGAGCUGCCGUUCUCACAGGAGGGUCCAUCCCAGCCUGAGAGAGGACCUGGCAGGCAGGCUACAAGGUCAUUGCUUCUCUCUUUGGGGCCGUGUGCCAGGCUGGCUGUUGGAUGUGAGGACACGCUGGAGAAGACCACGAUGCUGCCUACAAGUGCUGGCCACCGGUGGAGGAGCAGGUUCCUCAUGAGGUGGCAAGAGGCUUGUCUGCUUGGCUGCUGGCUCUCACUAUGUGCUGCUGAGUCCUUCUUUACUUGUCCUUCCUCCUGCAAGUGUAACAGUGGCAACCUGGAAGUGGACUGUAGUGGCCUGGGCCUCUCUUCCAUUCCCUCAGACAUCCCCACAAACACCAGGACCUUCCUCUUUCUCAACAACAAACUCAGCAUCCUGCCAGGAGCAGUGUUUUCCAACCUCUCUGCCCUACAGAGGCUGGAUCUAUCCAACAACUUCUUGGACCAGCUCCCUCAGAACAUCUUCAGUGACCUGGGGAACCUCACAGAGCUCCAGCUGAGGAACAACAGCAUCCGGGCCUUGGACAAGGACCUGCUACAACACACGGCCCUGCUGCGCCAGCUGGACCUCUCCAUCAACGGUUUGGCCCAGAUUCCUUCGGGCAUCUUUGACGACCUGCCUGCUCUCCGCUCCCUCUCCCUCAGGUCCAAUCGCCUGCAGAGCCUGGACAGGGUGACCUUCGAGCCUCUGACCAGCCUGCAGCAGCUCCAGGUUGGGGAUAACCCCUGGGAAUGCGACUGCAACCUCCGAGACUUCAAGCACUGGAUGGAGUGGUUCUCCUACCGAGGUGGGAAAAUCGAUCAGCUGGCCUGCACCUUGCCCAAGGAGCUGAAAGGAAAGGACAUGCGAAUGGUGCCCAUGGAAAUGUUCAACUACUGCUCCCAGCUGGAUGACGAGAACAGCUCUACAGUGCUGGAAAAUACUGGCCCACCUUGCACUAAAGGAAGCCCUGCUCCUUCCAAAUCUAAAUCAGGCCCAGAAACAGAAGUGGAGCCCAGUGUGGGAUGCCCUCAGAAACAGCGGUACAGGCCCGUGAGCGUGCGCCGGGCUAUUGGCACUGUGAUCAUUGCAGGCGUGGUUUGUGGCAUCGUUUGCAUCAUGAUGGUGGUGGCAGCUGCCUAUGGCUGCAUCUAUGCCUCCCUCAUGGCCAAGUACCACCGGGAGCUGAAGAAGAGGCAGCCGCUCAUGGGUGACACAGAAGGAGAACACGAAGAACAAAAACAAAUCUCUUCUGUGGCGUGAAACUGUUCUAGGAAGGAAGGGACAGCGAUGAAAAAAGGUACCUGAGAGCAGUCAAGCAUGGGGUCCUCCCAAAGUACAUCUUCCCAGACAGACUGUGCUAUUGCUCCACUCACCCAAGUAGUACAACAUGCUUCUGGGGGUCAGGGCACCUGGCUCAAUUUCUUUUCCUCUGCCCCAGGCCCAUUCUGUGCCCUUUCACCCUUGGGCCCUCCCAGACAAAUAAAGUAGAGUCAGACCUCGAGUGCUUGCUGUACCUCAUGCCCUCGCACAGAGCUUCCCUCACAUGCCUGCUGCAAAGGCAGCUGGCACCUUCUGGGAACCUGUGUCAUCCUCUCAGCUUUGGUCCUGAGUCGUCCUGUAUCCUGUCAAGAGUUCUCUGCAAACAGAGAGCAGCUCUAUGAAACCUUAUGUGGGGAGCAGGAUGCCAGAGGUGUCCACACCUCACCGUUAGGUCACUGCUGUCGUGUGACACUAAGUUGCUGCCUACCCUACAAAUCUGUGCUGCCAAGAUUACAUCAGAAGGGAGGCAAGGUCCCUAUGCAGGGCAACAGUUAGUGGGAGAUUCCCUUCUCACUUUUAGAGAUGGAAAGAUACCUGUACCACCCUGACACACUGCCAGGGAGCACAGUGACCCUCUUUUUGCUCCUGGCCAAGCCCAAAUCUUUGUGCUGAGCACACAUGUCAUCUGCUGCUGGUGCACAGGCACAGAGUCAUCCUCCUGUACACACACACACUGACUCAUUCUGAUCCCAACACACACACACACACACACAGAGCCAGGCCCAGUCCCAGGCAUUCAGUCACCCACUUCCACGUGCAGAGC